AUGCCUACCCUCAGCGACGUUCACCAGCUCCUCGAGCUUGUUGACCUCACCCGCGAUAGCGUUCAGCGCAUUAUUGGAGAGUGGGCGAAGCUUCCUGCCUCUUCCUCCCGCAAACAGGGUGGGCCGGCAGAUGAAAGCGAAGCAAGCCUACCCAGCCGCGAGCUCUUCGAAGCGCAACGCACCCUCAUCGCCGCGUCGGGAAAAUUCGUUGAGUUAGUCUCGUCCCCCAGCAGCCGACUUCUAGAAGUCUCAUCGCAGUAUAAUGAGGCGAGAUGCUUGCACAUUGCAGCCGUACUUCGAAUUCCGGAUAUCUUGGAGGAGAACGGCGACAAGGGCGUGUCGAUGGAGCGCAUCGCCAUGAGCGUGGGGAUCGAGACGAGGAAGCUCGGUCGUAUCAUGCGCUGUCUCUGCUCAAUUCACAUCUUCCAGGAGGUGGAGGAUGGGGUCUUUCGAAAUAAUGCCAUCUCGGCCGGUCUGGCCCAUAAUGAGCCUUUACGAGCUUAUAUUGCUAUGUUUGGGUGGGAUCUUUAUAGCGCCUCGGACGCUCUUCCCCACGCUCUUCUGGACCCCGAGAUAGGGUCUUCGUACUCGGUCAAAGAAACAGCCUGGCAAAAGGCCAUUGGAACAACCAAGGAGCGGUGGAACUGGCUUGAAGAGGGCACGACGGCCGCAGAGCUCCAUAACGGCGGAUCUGGGGCCUACCCUGGGCCUUUUGGGCCAGACGUUACGGCCAUCCUCCAGGGCGAAAAUACAGGGGAGUCCAUCCGUCGACCCGAGCUCGAUAUAUUCGGUCUCGCUAUGCUUGGUGGUGGGCGCGUAUUUGGGGUUGCGCAUUUAUUUGACUUCCCCUGGGCGUCACUAGGCAAAGCACAGGUUGUCGAUGUUGGCGGCGGAGUUGGUGGAUUCUGCCUUCAGCUGUCCAAGAUUUACCCGGACCUCAACUUCAUCGUGCAGGACCGCGCGCCUGCGCUCGCUCAAGCCCAGCGCGAGAUCUGGCCGCAGGAAAACCCACAAGCCCUCAGCAACGGCCGGGUCAAAUUUCUCGAGCAUAACUUCUUCAAUCCCAAUCCAGUGAUUGGGGCCGAUAUCUACUGGCUUCGGUAUAUCUUGCACGAUUGGUCGGAUGACUACUGCAUCCAGAUUCUCUCGGCUAUCAAAGAAGCUAUGACGCGCGACUCCCGGAUCCUCAUCUGCGACCAGGUCAUGAAUACUACGGCUGGGUUUGCGGGGCGGAUUGCAUCGGCGCCGGAGCCCCUCCCGGCCAACUAUGGAUAUUUCACCCGGUACAGUCAUCAGAGGGACAUUGCCAUGAUGAGCAUUAUCAAUGGCAUUGAGAGAACUCCAGCUGAAUUCCAGAAUAUUAUCGAGCGGUCGGGGCUGGUGAUGACUCGGAUUUAUGAUUGUCGAAGCCAGCUAUGGCCUUUCGUUGACCAAUUGUUAUCUGUCGUCGUCAGUGUUAGUUCUUGA